GAUUGCACUCCACUGUUCUCAGAUACCCCCAAAAACAAAAAACCCCAACAACUUCACCAUGGUCAACGUCGAUCAAAAGGCUGUUCUCAUCGUCAUCGACGGAUGGGGAAUUGCCAGCGAGAAGUCCCGCAAGGAUGGUGACGCUAUCCUGGCCGCCGAUACUCCCGUCAUGGACGAGUUCAAGCGUCAGGGCUCCGAGGUUACUCAGGGCUACACUGAGCUCGACGCCUCGUCGCUCGCCGUCGGUCUUCCCGAGGGCCUGAUGGGCAACAGUGAAGUCGGACACUUGAACAUCGGCGCUGGUCGUGUCGUCUGGCAGGAUGUCGUCCGCAUCGACCAGACCAUCAAGAAGGGCCAGCUCCAGCAGGUCGACAACAUCGUCAAGUCCUUCAACCGCGCCAAGGAGGGCAACGGCCGUUUGCACCUUCUCGGUCUCGUCUCCGACGGCGGUGUCCACUCCCACAUCAACCACCUUGUCGCCCUCCUGAAGAUGGCCAAGGCGAUGGGUGUUCCCAAGGUUUUCAUCCACUUCUUCGGUGAUGGCCGUGACACCGACCCCAAGUCGGCUGCCGGUUACAUGGCCGACCUGCUCAAGCACACCCAGGAGAUUGGUCUUGGUGAGAUCGCCACCGUUGUUGGCAGGUACUACGCCAUGGACCGUGACAAGAGGUGGGACCGCGUUGAGGUCGCCAUGAACGGUAUCGUCAAGGGCGAGGGCGAGGCGAGCAGCGAUCCCGUUGCCACCAUCAAGGCCCGCUACGAGAAGGACGAGAAGGACGAGUUCCUGCAGCCUAUCAUCGUCGGCGGUGACGAGCGGAGAAUCAAGGACGACGACACCCUCUUCUUCUUCAACUACCGCUCCGACCGUGUCCGUGAGAUGACCCAGCUGAUGGGCGACUUCGACCGCUCCCCCAAGGCCGACUUCCCCUACCCCAAGAACACUCACCUCACCACCAUGACCUCCUACAACCCCAAGUACACCUUCCCCAUCGCCUUCCCUCCUCAGCACAUGGGCAACGUCCUCGCCGAGUGGCUCGGCAAGCAGGGCGUCAAACAGUGCCACGUCGCCGAGACGGAGAAGUACGCGCACGUCACCUUCUUCUUCAACGGUGGUGUUGAGAAGCAGUUCGAGAACGAGGAGCGCGAGAUGGUUGCUUCGCCCCGCGUCGCGACCUACGACCUGCAGCCCGAGAUGAGCGCCAUGGCUGUCGCCGACAAGCUGUGCGAGCGCAUCCGCACUGGCAAGUUUGAGUUCCUCAUGAACAACUUCGCUCCCCCCGACAUGGUCGGCCACACCGGUGUCUACGAGGCCGCCAUCAAGGGUGUCACCGAGACCGACAAGGCCAUUGGCCGCAUCUACGAGCAGUGCAAGGAGAGCGGCUAUACCCUCUUCAUCACCGCCGACCACGGUAACGCCGAGGAGAUGCUCAACGAGGAGGGCAAGCCCAAGACGUCGCACACGACCAACAAGGUCCCCUUCGUCAUGGCCAACGCGCCCAAGAACUACAGCCUCAAAAAGGCGGACGGCGUCCUGGGUGACGUUGCGCCCACCGUCCUGGCUGUCAUGGGCCUGCAGCAGCCCGAGGAGAUGAGCGGUGCUUCUCUGCUCGUCAAGUCCUAGAUGGAUGGUUGUAGACGGAUUUUUAAGGGAGAAAAAGAGACCUGGAUGAUUUACGAGUAAGCAAGCAAGCGGCAUGAUAAGAGGCACGCAGUUGUAGAGCGGGCUAUGGGUAUAUAAACAUGAUAGACUUGAAAUGACAUGAAUUUGCU